GGCACUGCCAUCCAGGUGUCUGCUGGGCGUGAAGAUCGAGGCGCCUGCACUGGCCCGUAGGCCUUGACCUCGGCUGAUCUGCAUCUUCCUGGCUUUAGUGCUAGGACGCCGCCUAGGGGCAGCUCGGGGAGGUCUCCGGGUUCGCUGACUACGACUCCCAACGGCGCUUGCGCGGUCUGCUGGUCUCCUUUUCCCGCUUGGGUGCGGGGCCUACUGGGAAAUGCAGUCCCAGGGAUUGCCGGCACGGUCCCACUGCAACCCCGCGGGAGACGUAGGGGGCGGUUGUGUAGGGCGCGCCCUGUAACUUUUGAGGCUUGGUAGAGGGUGCAGGUUUUUUCAGAAUGGGAACCAGGGAGAAUGCCAGCAUUCAGUCCUCUGCUGCGGACUCCUCGACGUCCCCAGCGUCCCGUGUAAUAAGCUCAGGCCAGGGUCUUCCAACCCUACACUUCCCUCCAGUUACGAAUCUUUCCUCUAGGAUCAGUUCUCCAAGUGAAGAAGACCUACCAGAAAGUCUGGAACUCUAGGGUCGACCCCAGGACCCCAGGCUUGGUCCCAGGGCCCCGGCCCCGCCCCCGCAGCUUAUCCUUAACCGGGGCUCCCCCCGUGGGAACGGGGACCAGCUGGCCGGAAGCGCCAAACUGCGUUUCUGUCCAAGCCCUGGGGAUCAAUCAAGCCGAAGAGUUAAUUAUGUAAUGAGGGGGCAGGGGGUCGGGACUAAUGAAGUCGCCCAAGGAGGAGGGGGGAGGGUACCCAGGUAUCCGGCCCCCUCUCGGAUCCCUUCGAGGCCCCAGGGAUCUUCACUCCAGUCCACCUCCAGGGCCCCAAAGAGGGGAGGGGCUGUGAUCCCGGGUCUGCAAGGGGCUGAGCUGUGAGCUAUAAAGGGGCAUCUCUCAGCACUUGGGGACUCCAGGCAGCGUGACCUGAGAGCCCAGCAGGACUACAGCAUGUACCAUCCUCGAGAGUUGUACCCAUCCCUGGGGACCGGCUACCGUCUGGGGCCCCCCCAAUCUGGGGCCGACUCCAGCUUCCCUACUGCCCUGGCAGAGGGCUACCGCUAUCCGGAUCUAGACACCCCCAAACUGGACUGCUACCUCUCUGGGAUUGAAACUGCACCACGCACUCUGGCUGCACCCGCACCUCUGCCCCUUCUGCCCCCCACCCUGGGCGCUGAGCCAGCCCUGCCAGCUGCAGAGGCCCUUCGCUCGCUCCCUGGGGUCAGCCUGAGCCUGGAGAACCAGGAGCUGUGGAAGGAGUUCAGCGCUGUGGGGACGGAGAUGAUCAUCACCAAAGCUGGCAGACGCAUGUUCCCUGCUUGCCGGGUGUCAGUCACUGGCCUGGACCCUGAGGCCCGUUACCUGUUCCUUCUGGACGUGGUGCCGGUGGAUGGCGCUCGCUACCGCUGGCAGGGUCGGCGCUGGGAGCCCAGCGGCAAGGCAGAGCCCCGCCUGCCUGACCGAGUCUACAUCCACCCUGACUCUCCUGCCACUGGUGCCCACUGGAUGCGGCAGCCUGUGUCCUUCCAUCGUGUCAAGCUCACCAACAGCACGCUGGACCCCCACGGCCAUCUGAUCUUGCACUCCAUGCACAAGUACCAGCCCCGCAUACACCUGGUGCGGGCUGCCCAGCUGUGCAGUCAGCACUGGGGGGGCGUGGCCUCCUUCCGCUUCCCUGAGACCACAUUCAUCUCUGUGACAGCCUACCAGAACCCACGGAUCACACAACUGAAGAUUGCCGCCAAUCCCUUUGCCAAAGGCUUCCGGGAGAAUGGCAGGAACUGUAAGAGGGAGCGAGAUGCCCGCGUGAAGAGGAAACUUCGGAGCUCGGACCCGGUAGCCACAGAGGCCUAUGGGAGUGGAGAUACACCAGGGGGUCCCUGCGACUCCACCCUGGGAGGGGACAUUCGUGAGUCAGAUGCAGAGCAGGCCCCAGCCCCCCGGGAAGCUGCCCCUGCCCCAGCUCCUCCUUGCAGUGGCCCUAGUGCUGAGGCCUACCUCCUGCACCCCGCAGCUUUCCACGGGGCCCCAGGCCACCUGCCAACCAGGAACCCCAGUUUCCAGGAGGCUCCGGACUCUGGACGCCCGGCCCCCUACGCAGCUGCGUUCUUGGAGCUGCAGCCCGGAGCGGGGAGCUCAGGCUACCCAGCAGCUCCACCUGCCGCGUCCUUCGCCCCGCACUUCCUGCAGGGGAGCCCCUUCCCCCUACCAUACCCAGGUCCUGGCGGUUACCUGGAUGUGGGCUCCAAGCCUAUGUACUGAGCUGUCACAGGGCCACUGGGCCUCUACUUCUCAUCACAAACCUCCGUUCCCUUCCCCCAGCCCCAUAGCCCCUCAUUCCACGGCCCCAUCCCCCACACCAAAUGGCUGCCUUAGGCCAGCCCCCCGCUUCACACCUUGAUUUCACUCCCACCCUCCUCUGGCUUCAAAGCUCAGGCAAGGCUGCUGGAAGUCCAGCUGGGGCCAGCUUCCCCUACCCGGCUCUCACCUCGGUGUGAAUGGAGGGAGGCUCUGCCUGGCCAAAUGGGGCCACAGCCAGCACCUCCUGGGGCCUCCCUCCCCACUACUGCAAGCCGUACCAGUUUGUUCUCAGGACCAGAGCAUUUUUGUUAAUAAAACUCAAAAGGCAUCAGCGCUCAGGAAAUGUUGAGCUCAUGGUGUUGACCCUGGGAAGGGGCGGGGGAGGGGCAAGGCCUUACAGGGAGCCCCAGGCCCAACUGCCAGGUUCCGGGCUGCAUGACCUUGCGCUGCUCCGUCAACCUUCAACCUGCUCCAGGCUGGCUUCCUCUUCAGGAAAACUAGGGAUCUGGAAACGCUAGGUGUUCUGAGAAUUGAGGCUGCCCUCAAGAGCCUGCCUCUGCCCAGUCCUGAGGCGGCCUGUAGGGAGCGGGCCAGGCCUGGGCCCCGCCUUCCUCGAAGGACUGGGGCUGAGGCAGUCCCGGCUCUCCCAUCCGGCUCCCAGGCCAGUGUCUCUGCCCUCUCCCGACCAAAUCUGACAUGAGCCUGAAUAUCAUUUUUCUUCUUUUAUUAGAAUUUUUUUUCUUUUUUUCUCAAAACUUUUAUCUAAAAACAAA